GCUCAGACAUGGCAGCUGCCUGUGAGAAGCCCCUCAGAGCCUACAGUUAUGAACAUUUAGCCAAAUAAAAGUCGAGUUAACUGAUUUGACUGCUGCGGAGUUUCGCUGCCAGAGGCACGAUGGAGUAAACAGUUGGCAGCGGGGACAUUUGGGAGCUGGUCUGGAUGGAAGCGACGGGUUUACGAGACGUUUUCAAAUGUAUAACGCUAUCCAUUGCAGCAAUGGAGGAUAUUGGUCUCCUUCCCAAACCCACCCACGAAACCCCAGUCCACAGACCCACAGUCCCUGACACUUUUGGGCAGCAUCACAUCCCCCCAGACCACCUGCAUGUCGGUGAUGCAAGCAGGAACUCUGACGUGGACAAAGAUGGAGUGGUUAAAAAAUGGUCCCACUCAAUGACAAUAGGUGAGCAGCAGAUGAUCUCCCAAUUUCCUGUACAUCACCAAGCACCUGUGGGUGCUGACACUCCACAUCUUAAUUUGGAUAAAGUAGGCGCUGUCAGAAAAAUAACCAAAGCCAAAGUUGCAGAUCCAUUAAAGUGGAAGCAAAACAAGCAGAAACAGCUGAGGAUGGAGGGAAAAUUAUAUGUAAGCAAACGCAAGAAAGAUGGUGAGAUUGUAACCAAACACCCAAGAGCCAUAGGACCAAGAUGCACUUCGGAUGCAUGCAAAAAAACGACAAAUCGGCUAUGUGGUGAAAUUACUGAAGAAACAAGGAAGAAGGUGUUCAAUGAAUUUUGGCAGCACAUGAACUGGGCUCAGAGAAAGCUCUAUGUAGCAGGACAAGUCGACCGUGACCCUGUGGAAAGAUCUCGGGCUGCGGGGUUGCCUUCAAGGAGAUCGGUGUCACUUCGUUAUCAUUUGAUGGUGGAUGGCAAACGGACACAAGUAUGUAAGAACAUGUUCCUGUCCACGCUUGGGAUUGGAGAGUGGUCUGUGCUCAACUGGGCACAUAGAACAGCAACAGAAAAGACUGAAUCAAACAAAAGCAAGUCAGAAAAAAAGCCAGUUGUGACUGGCCCUCCUGUAGACAGCAACACUGCAUUAGUUACUCAAGAACACAUGAAUGCAACUGACAAAGACAAAAACAGGCCACCAGAAACAGAGGGGGCAAUCCGAAAGAAAUCCAGAGUUGCUAAACCACUAACAUGGAAACAAAAUCGUCAGAAGCAACUCAGGAUGGAGGGAAAACCAUACACCAGCAAGAGAAAGAAAGAUGGCGCCACUAUUACUAAAGCUCAGAGGUCAAUGGGGCCAAGAUGCACAUCCAGUGCCUGCAAAAGGGCAUCGAACCGUUUUUGUGCUGACUUUAGUGAGGAAAAGCGGAAUGAGCUGUUCACUGGUUUCUGGCAGUGUAUGAACUGGACUCAGAGGAAGGUCUAUGUGGCUGGGCUUGUGGACUGUGAUCCGGUGGAAAGAACCCGUGCACCGUGGACUCAGUCUAGAAGAUCAGUCUCAAUGCGAUAUCAUUUGAUAGCAGAUGGCGAUAAAAAACAAGUUUGCAAAAAAAUGUUCCUCUCCACUUUGGGGAUUGGAGAGUGGUCAGUGCUUAACUGGGCCCAGAAUGCCUCCCAGCUAGACAAUUUGGAGGAGAACAGUAAAAAGCGAAUGCAGAGGAAAUCCCGUAAAGCUUCAGAGCAUAUAGUCCUGAAGGAGUUUCUAGAAAGUUUACCAAAAGUGUCAUCUUACUGUGGUGGAACGUCCAUCUCUAAGCUCUGUCUGGAGCCAGUCUUCUCAAACAUGUCCGAGGUCUACAGGUACUACUAUAGCCACUGCAUAGAGCAGAAGACAGCGCCGCUUUCACGCCAGGUUUUCUGUGCUGUGUUUAAAAAAAUGAAUUUAAGAUUGUGUGACUCCAAAAAGGACCAAUCUUGUUCUUUUGGUGGAACUGGAAACUUGUUUAAUGAGCUUUGGGAGGAAUGCUGCUUUGAAAGAGGAGCUCCAGGGCAACAACCUGAGAGAGUCGGUGACCCGUAGACCAAUGUUGGUGCUUGUUACCAUGUUAAUACCAACUUUGUAUUAUACACCGUUUGUUUGAGACUUGAUGGCGGAUCCUUCUUUUAUAUUUGCACUUCUUGAAGCAGUGUAGUUGUCUUGCUGUAGCUGAAACAAUUUAAGCACUACGUUCAUUUUGAGGCCUCCGAUUGUUUCAUGUUAUUCGGAGCAUCAUUUGGCAAACCAAACCAAAACUGCUAUUCUAUCGUUUCGAUAUGUAUGAUGUAAAAGGUCAAAGUCAACUCAAGUGUCAAAGUUGAUAUUUUCCUUUGUGAAUUAAAUGUGAACAGCUA